CCAGGAGCUCUCACUACAAGUCGGCUUCUAGUUAAUACUUGGACGACACACAAGAACAACUACAAAACUUGAGUUUAAAAUUGUUGUAACUUUUAUUGUUGUAACUCUCUUAAAACUUCACUACUUAAUCAGCAGCCCCUUUUUUUUCCAGGCGAAAGAACAAAAACUCUAGGGUGGGCUUGAAUUACUUAUUUCCCGGGGUGGAAAGUUAAAGUUAAUAAAAAGUUGUGUCUAUUUAUUGUUGUUGUUUGACCAACCCCCGCCCUGCAAAAGGAUCUACAAAUAAUCUUUUGCAAACGAGAACAUCAUGGCGGCCGAAGUAGACGCAACCGCACUCGACGCGGAGGAACAGAAUUCCUCCGCGAAUGACCAGCUAGAGGCCCUCGAAGAUCAUGCGAGCGGCGACAAAGCUGACAACGACGCGGAGAUCUCCCCCCGGGACGGGGAUGAAGAGUCGGAGCGGGAUAUUCUGAGUAAAAACGUCCCCACCCCAGAGUUGUCAUGCAAUUCUGCAUGCCAAAAAAGUUUCUCAUGCGGAGUCUCAUGAGAAGCAUUUUCUAUUCGUGUUUUGGAGUUUGUGAUGCUAGGAUCAGCAUGCUAUGCUAGAUCUGUCAUGCUUCUGAACUAGCUAAACAGGAUUACACUACGAGGGCACACUUGUCAUGCCAGACAGCCAAGGCUGGCUGAUUUGUCUAGCAGAUUUCCCAUCUUGACUCUGCUGGUGCUGUGGGGAAGUUUUUACGCAGGAUACGGGAUUCUCGUCUCGUGUCCACUCCCGGAACCUCCUCCAUGGAGGAGUUCGAAACGGUAUCAAAUGCAAGUGUGUCUGGGUCUGGACGAGUGCAGAAGUUAAAGUUUGUCAUGCCUGUUCUCGAUCACUCAAACUGUCUCUUAUGCACGCAAAUAAAGCACUACAGGUUUCGCUUUCGCACUGGCCUCCUGAUGCCUGUACCGCAUGACAAAUAGCCUAUUUUCGUAGCAAGAAAAAAUGUGAAGCUUUUGGUGCUCAUGCAGUACAAAUUUUUACCUAUUCCAGAAUCCGCAUUACAAGUUCCACUUCUUCCGGGCCCAGACAUAUUUAUUUGCAAUGCAUAAACGGAGGAGGAAGACGAUCCGCUCAUCCAGGAAGCCAAGCGGAAGCAGAAGGAAGAGGAGCAGAAGGGCCGCUUAUCUUUAAAAUCCGUGUUGAAAUUGAGAUCCUGGCUCACGAAGAUGCGGAUCAAGUUGAAAACGCCACCCUG